UGCCAUGGCUGUUCUGCUGUUUACUGCUCCAAGGUGCCGUCUCCGCUCCACCACCCUCAGCCUUGUACUCAGCCUGCUCCAGUUCCAGCUUCCUCUCACCCUCGCCGAGGACUGUGCCCAGCGGAUCCGGGUUGAGCGUGUGUCUGUGUCCAGCUCCGUUACCCUGAGUUGCCCCCGUGUGACUGGUGUGGACGAUCUGACUGUAACACUGCGAAAGGAAGACGCACAACUUCACAACUACACACUGAAGGAGAAACUACUUUUGCCUGUAAAUGUGUCUCAGAGGCUGCACCUGCGUGUGGAUGAGGGGGGCGUGGCCUAUGAGCUGCAUCAGGUGACGCGAGAGGAUGCAGGCGUCUACAUCUGCUCCCUGGAGAAGGUCUACCCCCCACCAUACAAGAAGGAGGCCAAUGCCACAGUCCUUUACAUAGAUGAGCCCUGUCCACAGCCUGUUACUUCCGGUAUGAAUGGCACUCUACUGACCACGAGGGCAUCAACUGGGCCCCAAACGGAGAGCCAUGGGGUCGGCUCCCCGGAGACCCAGACUAAGGACCCCCUGUACCCCCAGAGUGUGUGGGUGGCCAUCUGCGUAUCCCUGGCAGUGCUCUGCCUACUGCUCCUCAUCACCUCUCUAACGCUGGGGCACAAACUUCGGAGGAACGGACUGGAUAACGAUUACGUCAACACACCAAAAGUUCAACACCCGAAAUGGGCAGAACAUUUCCGAUCAUAAUUAGCCCAUGUAAGGUGUUUGUGUGUUACAUAAAUGUCUGCAAGGGGGGGCUCACUAUCUUUUUUUUCAGAUUCAUGUUCCUCACAGAAAAUGAGCCAAAGCCAGUGAAUCUCAGUGUGAAAUAAUAAUAAUCGAUACCAUUUUUCUCAAGCAAAAAACUGAAAACAGGUCAAAAUGACCCGAACACCUCACGAGGGUUAAGAGCUUUUUUGCAAUUGCCUACUGUAUAGGCCUACACAUGAUGAGCAGGGAUUAGCAUCCUGUAUAUUCAGAAACCAUACAGUCCUACCACAUAUAUCAAACAUAUCAUAUAAUAUCAUAUAUCAAGUGACUUACAGUUAUUGUACAGGGUAUUUGUCACAGUCCCAGGAUUAAUAUGUGCCUCGUUAAAAGCGCACUUCAGCCAUGGAUGGAGUUCAGGGUGGGAUUCGAACCUGCAACCCUCUUGAUCAGCUCUGCACUGUGUUUAUGGCUGAAUAUGUUGAUAUUAAAAAAGUUAAUUAUCAUAAUGUGAUACAAUAUUCCUGUUUAUAUGGUUAUGAUCAAUGCAUAUACUCUAUCUAUCUAUCUAUCUAUCUAUCUAUCUAUC